AUGCCCGACAAAAUCACCGACCUGCUCUCACUCCCCAACUCCCCCGUGCGCAUCCCGCGCCUGGGCUUCGGCGUCUACCGCUCGCCAACACACCAAUGCGGGCAGUCAGUGCGGAAGGCGCUCGAGGCGGGAUAUCGGCACAUCGACACCGCGCAGUUCUACGGCAACGAAGGCGAAGUCGGCGAGGCCCUGCGCGCCUCCGGUCUGCCCCGCGACCAGGUCUUCGUGACCACCAAGAUCCUGAGCCCCGCCGGCUCGUCUGAGCAAACCUACGACAAGCUGCUGGCGAGCGUGGAGACGAUCGGCGGGCCUGGCGGAUACGUGGAUCUGUUCUUGAUUCAUAGCCCCAGUUCGGGUUUCGCGGGGAGGAAGCAGCUGUGGCAGGCGCUGGAGAAGUUGCAUGCCGAGGGCAAGGCGAAGGCAAUUGGCGUGAGCAAUUACGGCGUGCAGCAUAUCGAGGAGAUGAAGGCGUAUGCCCAGGUGUGGCCGCCCCAUGUCAACCAGAUUGAGCUCCACCCAUGGUGUCAGCAGCGCACGAUCGUCGCGUACUGCAAGCAGCAUGGCAUCGUUGUUGAGGCCUAUUCGCCCAUCGUGCGCAACUAUAAAGCCAACGACCCGACCCUCGUCGAGGUCGCGCAGAAAUACAGCCAUUCGACGCAGCAGGUAUUGAUCCGCUAUGCUCUGCAGAAGGGAUGGGUGCCGCUGCCCAAGUCCGACGACCCGGAGCGCAUUGCCGCGAAUGCGGACGUCUUCGACUUCCAUAUUAGCGCGGAGGAUAUGGAGCUUUUGGAUUCGCUCGACCAAGGCGAUGCGGGAGCCAUCGUGGAGGCUGUGGCCAACGAGUAA